AUGCACCAGCUGGGCGCCGCCGUUUCCCCAUUCAACGCCUCGCAACAACCGGAUCGAGGCGGGACAGACGGACACCCCGCAGAGGCAGAAGAAGAACGCGGCGGGGCAGGAGACCGCGCGCUGCCCUACGGGUACGCGACACUCGACCAGCUCCAGGGCCGCUGGGUGAGGCUGGCGUUGAAGAGUGUCUUGACCCGAACUCGCAAGCGGCGCAAAUCGGAGUCUGCCUCGCCUUUUUCGUCCGUCCCGUUUUCCUCCGUCCCUGACGCAGAUGCCACUGACGCGUGUCAGGGCGCACAAAAUGGAACCGAUCGCUCGCCGCCGCGUCUCACGCUCCUUUCAGACGCCUCGCUCUCAAAUCUCGCCUUCUUGAAGGCGCCGAGGGGAGACGAAACGCUCGACACGAAGCCUGAGACGGAAAGUGAGGAGGCCCGCGCGGAUCUGCAGUUCGAGGAAGAGUCAGAAAGAAGAGAAGGCCGAGACAAGGAACACCGAAGCGCCACCGGAGAGAUGCAAGAAGCCGCGGGCGGCGAAAGCGACUGGAAAGGGACAGAAAAAAGCGGCAGAGGGGGCGAAGAGGGGGGAGCGGAGAACGCGAGUGAAGGGUGUGCACGGACCGCAUGGCCUGGGGUUUACGUACACCCGAAAUGCGUGAGAACCGUGGAGAAACUGGAGCGGCUUUUGCCGCGCAUGGCGGCGCACGACGUCUGCCUUUGUCUUCGAUAUUUAGCUGACGCCGAACUCCUUGAACAUCCCGUCAGUCUGGGGUGUAUCUACACCUUGCGACAGAAAGCCGAGGAGCUGUCGGCUCGCGAGAUCGGCGUCCUCUGCGGCAUUUUGAAUAAGCCCUUUUUUCGACGGGUCUCCGCAUUGCUCGACAGGGAGAGACGUCUUUCGAGACACGCGCGAGAGAACGAGUCGCCGCUCCACGCGGCGCCUCUUCCUUUCUGUUCCGGCCCUUCACACUCGUCUGAUUCGAGAGACACCCGAGGCGGCACACUCGCCUACACAACCUCGCAAGGCGACGCUGCGAUAAGCGGAGCGAAGAACGGGAGGGGAAAAGGGGAGAGAACGGAAGAGACGAAAGAGACGGAAGAGAAGGAAUCGUCAGGGGGAGGGGAGAGGACGUUGGAGAAGACGCUGCAUUGGCGGCGCGGGGAAGAAGAGGAAAGUUUGGGGGACAUGGUAGGAAAGAGGAGGACGGAGGAAAGCAGAGCCACAGAGACAGAGCGAAGGAGACAGCUGUUCGAACAGCUCGUCGAGGAGAAAGCGCAGACUUUGAAGAAGCUGACUCAGCUGGUCCGCGCAAAGUGCCACGACCUCCACCAUGCUGACGACUUCUGCACGGUUCUCUGGACCUUCCACGCUCACGGGCUGCUCACGCCUUCUCUCCUCGCCACGGUGCGCCGUCUCCUUCUCGAUCGCCUGCGAGAGCCGCGCGCGGCCCCAGGACGCUCGCCCUUUUCGCGCGGUUCGUGCGGGUCGGUUUCCCCCUUUCUGAAGUCCCUGCUGCCUCGCCAUGUGGCGGGCCUCGUCGCCCUUUUCCUCCGGACAGGGACGCUGGACCGGGAACUCUUCAGAGCGUUGUGGGGUGCGUGUCUCGGGGACAUUCCGCGCGCCUAUUUUCUGCCGCCACCUUUUUCUUCUGUGCCGCGUUGCGACUUGUCUUCGGGGGCGCCGCCGACGCCCGGCGAGGCUUCCGCCUGGCUGCUCAGCGAAGAAAUGGAAGAGACAGAGAAAGAGAAGCUGCGCACGAGAAAGGCGCGGGCCGUCGGUUUGUGGCUCGCGGCGCGUCUCCAAGGCAAGGAUCUUCUGCGGCUCACCGAGGGUCUCCACGCGGUUACGGGGCCGCCGCUGACGGACACCGGCAUAAAUGCAGGAGAGGGAAGCAGCGAGGAAACGUUCUGGAGAGAAGAAGAAAGCUGUCUCGCGAUGGCGCUGCAGGUCGCUUCGGCUCGGAAACAUGCGUCUCUCUCUGGAUCAGCCCUGUCGACGCUUCUCUUCCUCUUCGCCAUGCUAGCUAGCCAGCUUCCCGGGGUGUACGUACACCCGGACUUGGCGUUCCGGACCUCGACCCACUUCGCCUGGAAGACCCCGCAGUUCUCUGUUGCGGCUCAAGCACAGUUUCUUGCUGCUCUUCCAGCGCUUUCUUCUUCUCUUCCUCCGGAUCCGCUCCUCGUUUCUGCCCUGGCCUCGUCCCUCACCGCAUCGCUCCUCCCUCUCUCGGAGUCCUCCCCGGCUUCGGCCGGUCUUCUCCCUCUCCUCUCUCUCUUAUGGGUGGCCGUGGCCUCUGGCCUUGCUCUCUGUCAGCGUUCCUCAGCCUCUCACGCUGUCGCUGCGGCUGCCGAGCGCGUGCGCAAACGUCACUACCUCGACCUCCUGCGGCAUCUCCCGCCUUCUCUUCUCACAGGAUCAGCCGCCUCAGCUUCUUCGACACUCCCCCUCGCAGCCUCGCCGUCGCGUCUUGCCGCCUCUGCAACGCAUGCGGAGGGCGCCGACGCCACAGCGCUGGAGGCGUCAACGGCGAGAGUGAAGCGAUCGAUCCCAGCAGGCACGGACGGCGCGUCGCGGGGCCAAAUGGAGCAACGCGGCUCGAUCUACGUGGAGUUUCAGGGAGUGUCCACACCCGCAACUGUCACUCCGGUCUCUCCUGAGGACUCCCUCGCGCCUUUACAAACUCAUCCGUCGCACCCUUUUCAUGCGUGCGACUCUCCGCUUCAGUUUCUCGAUCCGCCGCCGAUGCCGUCGUCCUUUCUCCGUCACGCGCAAGCCGAGCAGCAUCUUCUCGCCUUGCGAGACACACUCGAGGUGGCUACUGAAGCCCUGACUCGCUCUGGGACCUCGCCCGUUUCCUCCUGGAACGGCCCUUUGGUGCCGGGUGAUGAUGCCAGAAAGAGCCAAAGCCUGCGCGAGAGGGGGCCCGCAAGUCUAUCCAAGGAAACCGAGCCUCUCUCGGUUCUUUCUCAAGUGGUUUUGUGGACGCAGAUCGCUGCUGCAUCGAGCAGCGCGCAGACCUCUGAGAAGCUUGUGCGCGGCUCCCUGGGGUGUCUCCGCCGGCUUCUGGGCGCGCCGGAGACUGUCGGGGCCCUCGCGGGUAGCUGCCGAGCCGCCGCGACCGCGGUCGUAGGGCUCAAGAGCCCUGAGAUACAGGUCGCCUGUGGGGUGCGUUCGCGGCUCCUGUGUCUCUCCGCGCUCUGGCAGAACUUCAGUGCGCUCAGGUACAGAGACUCUGGAGUGGUCUAUCCUCUGGUCGAGGCGGUUGACGCAGUUGCCGAGGCUGCGGGAGCCGCCCGACAGUUCACAGAGACGCUGGAUGUGUCUCCGUUUGCCAUCAAGGGGGCCGUACCUCGCUCCGCAGACGAGCACGUUUUCACCACCAUCUUCGUCGACAUCUUCCUGUCGGCAUGCGAACUCCAGGUCUUCGGUCUGCUAGCCGACUCAACCAGAAACCUGAUCUUCCAGAAGGCGCUACACAGUCUGCCUAAGCUCUCGCCCUCGUCGCUGCUUCUGCUGCUCCAAAGCGCUCUCCUCCUCGCUGCGGAGGCCGAGGCUCAGGCGUCCAGUCGGCGAUCGCCACAGAACCCUCGUGGCGCCCUACUCCCAGCUGGGCAGGGGCCGCAUGCGCUGCUCGCUGCCUUCUCAGGAGCCUCUCCUGUGGCGCUGCCAGCACGCCCAGGAGAUGUGGGAACCCUCGCCUUCGCUCCCGCGUCUCCUGUUCCUCUAGGUCGUCUAACCGCUGCCCAGGUAUAUGGACAUCUCCUCCCCUGCGUGGUCUACGAGGCUUCGAGGCGGUUCCAAGACGGGAUGUACAUACCCUCGGCGCAACACUUGCCUCUGCUUCUCCUCGCUAGGCGCUUUCUGCUCUCGCCCUACUUUUCUUCUCUGCUGUCCCGCCCAUCGCCCGGAAGGCCACACGAACAUGCCGAGGCAGCAGGCCCAGUGCUGGGCUUCUCAGGCCUCCCUCUCGUCUGGGGUGCGAGAGAGCGGCAGAGCGUCCGCGCCUUUUUCAAACACCUGGAGUGGCGAGAGGCAGCCUCCGCAGUGGAUGCAUGCGUCCAGAGCAACCGGCUGCCUUCUGCGCUUCCGCUCCUCUACUCCCCUUUCCCCGCCUUCUCGCCAGCUCUGCCCCGUUCCUACAGCAGCGCGUGUCACGCAUCCACGCCGUCAGAGCUGUCCCGGUCUGCGAACAAGGAUGAGCAGUCGGAGAAGAGCCUCUCAGAGACAGGCCACGUCGGCGACUGCUUGUGGGUAGCACACCCAGUCUGGUCUUGUCGCUGGGUGUCUGCGUUCGCCAACACAUUCGCGAUGACUGCCAGCACAUCGGUGAAGAACGGUCAAGACGGUGAGGCCCAAUCGAGGCAGCGAAGCUGCCAGGCUCCUGCUGCCGCCGAGAGGCUGCAGCGAGACUGCGAGGCUGACGCGGCGGUGGAGGACACUCCCCAGUUACCCAGAGAAGGCUCGGCUCGCGGGAGUGAGCAUGUGAGAGCUCGACUUAGGUAUGAGUGGACAGAAACGGAGGGAAAACGCGCGAAGCGUGCACCCGCGGUUACAGAGGACGAAGUGGACCUGGCACUCGCGAUUAACUCCGCGGUGUCAGGGAAGAGUCGAACAGCCGACCGGCGCUCGGAAGGAGACGGAAAGACAGCAAAUCGCUUUGUCGUCCUAUUAGCUGUUGACGCAGACGGUCAGCAGGGCGAGGUACUUGGACGUGGGUCGUUUUCGGGCGACCUGACAAAAGACCAAAGCUGUUUAGAAGUUCAGAAUACGCCGACAACGGCAGCUGUUCUCGUUCCCGACUCGUCGGCCAGGGGUUCCCAUGGACUGGCUGUAUACCUCGGACACUGCCUGCUUGAAGGCAUGCAGAUGGACGGCGUUGCGCGGUGGGACGACGGCCGCGAAUGGGGCAUUCUGUUUGACAAGGAAGAAUUUUGGUGA